AGAUAAUCAGAGAUCAUUUUCCUCAAAGUUUGGAUAAUGGGUACCCAAAAAACCCAACUCUCACUCCUUUUCUUGUUCUGGGCAUCAUUGACAUGCCUCAGUUCAAGUCUCCCUAGUGAGUUCUCAAUACUAUCCCAUCAAAACCAGUUUAUCUCAGAAGAAAGAUUGACUGAGCUCUUCCAACAAUGGAAGGAGAAGCAUGGGAAGGUCUACAAGCAUGAACAAGAGGCAGAUAAGAGGUUCCGAAACUUUCGGAGCAAUUUGAAGUAUGUAAUGGAGAAGAACUCGAAGAGAAAGACGAGUUCAGAGCAUACAGUUGGGUUGAACAAGUUUGCUGACAUGAGUAAUGAAGAGUUCAGAGUGGUUUAUACAUCGAAGGUAAAGAAGCCCUUUAAGAAGAAGAUGAGCAUUCAGAGGAGGAGUGUGGAGGGGAAGGCGGCAUUGAAUUCCUGCGAUGGACCGUCUUCCUUGGAUUGGAGGAAGUAUGGCAUUGUCACUGCUGUCAAGGACCAAGGAGGCUGUGGAAGUUGCUGGGCAUUCUCUUCAACUGGAGCAAUGGAAGGAAUAAAUGCAUUAGUGACUGGAGACCUGAUUAGCCUUUCUGAACAAGAACUUGUGGAUUGUGAUUCCACCAAUGAUGGUUGUGAUGGUGGUUACAUGGACUAUGCUUUUGCUUGGGUUGUUAGCAAUGGUGGAAUUGAUACUGAAUCUGAUUAUCCAUACACUGGAAUUGAUGGUACCUGCAACACCACCAAGGAGGAAACCAAAGCUGUGUCAAUUGAUGGCUAUACAGAUAUAGAAGAAGAAGAGAGUGCUCUUUUUUGUGCUGUUCUUAAGCAACCCAUAAGUGUUGGAAUAGAUGGUGGUGCAAUAGAUUUUCAACUAUACACAGGGGGAAUCUACGAUGGAGAUUGCUCGGACAAUCCAGAUGACAUAGACCAUGCUGUUUUGAUUGUGGGUUAUGGGUCUGAAAGUGGAGAAGAGUAUUGGAUAAUCAAGAAUUCUUGGGGAACAUCUUGGGGAAUGGAGGGUUAUGGAUAUAUAAGAAGGAACACUAGUGAUGAGUAUGGUGUUUGUGCAAUCAAUGCAAUGGCUUCAUACCCAACAAAAAAUUCAUCUUCCCCAUCUCCAUCUUCUCCACCUCCGCCACCAUCACCACCACCACCGCCUUCACCACCACCGCCACCACCUUCUCCUCCACCACCUCCCUCUCCAUCACCUAGUGAGUGUGGAGACUCCUCUUAUUGUCCUGCAACCGAGACGUGUUGCUGCAUUUUGGAAGAGUUUGAUUUCUGCUUUGAAUAUGGGUGCUGUGAGUACACAGAUGCUGUGUGCUGCACUGGCACAGAGUAUUGCUGCCCUCAUGAUUAUCCCAUUUGUGACAUUGCAGAAGGACUCUGCCUCCAGAAUUAUGGAGACCGGCUAGGAGUAGCUGCGAAGAAGCGAAAGAUGGCGAAGCGCGAGCUCCCAUGGGCUAAAUAUGAGGAAAAAGAGAAGAAACACUGGUCCCUCGAGUGGAGGAGGAACCACUUUGCUGCAAUGCUCUGAAAAUGGGAUCCAUUCUCGUCACCGGUUUGAAGUUUGAAGGUUGUUGUGACAUGGUUAUUUUGUUUCUUCCUGGCAGGAGCAUUCAUCAUCCUGUUUUGAACAGAUUUUAAUUGGUAUUGUUACUCCAAAAAAAAAAAAAAAAAUAAUAUCGAUAAGGAAGGAAGAAAGUUGUUUUAUUUAUUUAUUUUUGUUCAGCGAACAGCAUAGAGUGUCUUCAUUGAUUUUUCAAUUUAAGAUGUCAACGAACAAUAUAACAUAAAUGAAAUGAAAAACCAAGAAUGAUACUUUGUAAAUA